UCCCUCCCCCCGCCUGCAUUUGCAUCCCCCUGGGUAAAACUGCCGUGGGUCCUUUGUUGCGCCACCCUAAUGCAAUCAACAUCUUAUUGGGUCCCUGCGCGCCAUCCUAACGCAAUCAGGACCGCUGGAAAGCGGCGCAACCGCCGCCCGCAGUCCCAAAGUCCCUCCUUGCAGCCGUGCAUUUUUGAACCAUUUUGGAGAGCCCUCGCCUGCCUCUCCUCUUGCUGCGCGUCCGAUCCUGCCUUUUGGUUUUGGCGCAGCAGCCGCCGAUCUCCAGGAGGGCAAGGCCGGGUUUGGACCCCGGAUCCCCAAAGCCAUGGAGAAGCCGCUGGCGAAGAGGAUCCGGGCGGGCGCCUCCUGCGACAUCUGCGCGCGCUUUUACACCGACCCGGUGCUGCUCGCCUGCGGCUACAGCUUGUGCCGGGCGUGCGCCCAGCAGCUGUCCCCGGCCGUGUGCCCGGACUGCGGGGCAGCCUUCGACCCGGGACGCCUGACCUGCAACCGGAGCCUGUCCGACCUCGUGGAGAUCGCCCAGCAGCUGCUUCAGAAACUGGAGGCCGAGAGGAGCCGGAAGGGAGCCGGCCAGGAUCGCGCGCAAAGGGCCCACUUCUGCAAGCAGGAGAAAAGCAUCCUCUGCCAGGCUUGCUGCGCCUCCAAGGAGCACCGGCACCACGACCAGGCCCUGGCGGAAUCGGCUGCCCACUACAAGCUUUUAAUGCGGAAAUGUCUGGACAAUUUGAAGAAGGAGGAAAGCGACGUUCAGUCUAAUAGAACAAUCCUUGAAUCAGAGACUCUAUGCUACUUUACGCGAACAACAGUGGCAUGGGAAAAGGCAAAGGAUGAGUUCAAAAGGAUGCAGUUGUUUCUGGAAAGUCAAGAAAGACAGCUGCUGGCUCAGGUAACAGAAGUAUAUAAUGAGAUUAAAAUAAAAAAGAAUGAGCAGAUCUCUGCCCUCUCCAAGAAACAAUCCUCUCUUCAAGAUCUCAUCUAUGAGGUAGAAGAGGUGAGCCACCUGCCAGCGAAUGAACUCCUGGAGAAUAUUGGAAGAACCUUGCAGGCGUACGAAGAGCGGGAAAAAGUUCAGCCUCGGGGAUCCCUUUCUCCUGAGCUGCAGAGCAAGAUAAGUGGUUUGGUUGAGAUCAACAAAUUUCUGCUGGGUGCCAUGAAGUCUUUCAGAGAAAAUGUGGCAUCUGGACUUCUUCAGCACAAAGGAAACACAACUCCAGAUCCUAAUGGAUGUCAUCCCUCUGUUGUAACGUCUGAGGAAACUCAACCUGUGAGCAAUUUGGACCAGGUUCAGCACACCAAUCCUGGAAGUUCUGAUCAUCUGUCUGAAUGAUGUGUGGUUUUGUAUUUCAUUGGCCUGUCCUGGUAUUUUUGUGUGUUUCCAUUUCACUUUGGAGGUACCUGUGCCCCAAAGUGGUCCUCAAAUGUUUCAAGAAAACAAUGAUCAAACUCUUCCAUACUUACUCUUUCCAGACACAUACUUACUCUUUCCAGACACUUCUUUUAGAUGCAAACAGGUGCCUGUCUCAUUCUGUGCGCCUGAGGUAGUAAAAUCUACCUCAAAGGGCUCCAGCUAGCUUCCCUUCCUGUUUCCAAAUCCCUCUUUCCACCCAGGUCCACACCAGCUGUGCAGAUACAGACACAAAAAAACUCCUGCAUCUAAUUAAGUGGGCACCAUCUUUCUAGCAUGUUUGGCAUGACCAUUUCCUUAUGAUGUCAUAGUUUUCCCAUGUCCUGUAAUAGGAUACCUGAAUUUUGUACAACAUUUUCAGUUUGAAUUUUGUAUAAUUAAUUCAAUUUGAAUUUUUUAAAAUUAAUGCACACAACUUAAAAAAAACUGGCCAUCUGAUGAUUGAUAACGAAGAAGAAGGAAAUAGAAGGGGCUGAUUUCCCAGGGGGAACAACAAUUUUUAAGAAAGGAUCUAGGGGGGACCCGGGAAAUUACAGGCCAGUCAGUUUGACAUCUGUUCCU